AUGUCGACUCUACUGCGGAGGGUUAAGUCCACCAUUACCAGUUUUGACCCUUCUCAAAAUAAUCAACCUCAGGGUGCAUUGCAUACAGUCGAUCAACCAGGCAAGCCAGCAAAGCGACACCGACUGCGAAAACACCACGACUCCAACCCGAACCUGCUUGACUUAGGUCCCAAUAAGCGCAUCUUCACAUUACGCCAAACCCAACAUCCUCCAGAACACGGGACUCUCGCCGAGUUUCGACGUCGACUUGCGCGAAAAGCCUCGACCUUCAGUUUGAGAACUAGACAUCGUCAGGGAGAGCGUGAGCAGGACGAGCUGGUCAAGGAAGAAGAGAAGUUUAGAGAAUCGGUACUAGUGGGAAGCGAAAAGGGAAGCCCUACGAGGAAGUCGCAGGAACAACCAGACAGCGCGCCGCGAGAGACCAGACUCCAAGGCGAAGAGAAAGCGUGCAGACCUGCAGGGAACGGGCCAGACGAGCAGCCACACACGAGAGAGUCCUCUGUGACAACAGUUGCCCCUUGCGACCCAGCUUCUACACUUUCUGUCAAAGAACAUCCAUCGCUUUUCAAAACAGACUCACACCCUACACCUGAUAUUUCCACUGCGUCGCACGAUCUGCUCCGCAAAACCCAAUCUACAUACAUCACCAAAUACGUGGCAGGAGGAAAGAUCGCUGUUAAGAAAAUGGCAUCGGAUCAAGCACCCCCUCCCGUGCCCUACACCCGUCUCAAGGAGAUCACAGAGAACGUAAGUCGCACUUCGGCCAACCACCGUGAGGGUGUCCAAAAGCUGUACAUUGCAGGGCGCUAA